AUGGAAUAAAAUAAUUUAAAGUAGAAUUUUACUAGAGUCCUCCCAGAACAUUUGCAUCUUUUUGUCGGAAAACCAGUAACAAUUGUAGGUAAAAUAUUACAAAGUUUUAAUGGAUAAUCAACAGUAAAUUGUGGAGAAGAAUAAGAUGAAGUAAUAAUAUUAGGAUUAGAUUCUAGUUAAUUAAGCUAGAAUUUAUAAUGUAUUGAAAUUAGAGGAAUAGUUAAAGAUAAAAAAAUUAUUUAAAUGGAUGAAUUUACUGAAUUCUUAUAAUAAGAUUAAGAAAAUUAAUUUAGUAAAAUAAAAUUAAAAAUUAUAUAUAAUUAUUAUAAAAAAGAUUUUUAAAUAUAUGAUAAAAUGGUAAAGUUAAGUUUGGCUUAAUAUAGAGAUUUGUUUUAAUAUUGA